CCCCCGCGCUUCCUCCCGCGACUCCUCCUCGCCCGUGGCCUCCGGAGCCCUAGAGGAAAUCGAGCCAGAGAAGUGCAAUCUCCGAUUCGAUCCCUCCCAGAGCUCACCGUCCAUGGCGAUCAUCUCCGACUUCGAGGAGGAAGAGGAGAAGCAACCUGAGGCCAAGCCCUCGGCCUCGUCCUCGGCCUCCUCCUCUGCCGCGGCGGAGUUCAGCGCGAGGUUCGAUCCGUCCAGCCCGCUGGGGUUCAUCGAGGAGGCCUUCGAGUUCGUGGCCGAGCGGAGCGAUUUCCUCGCGCAUGAGGCGGCGGAGAGGGACGUCGUGGCGGUGUUGAGGGCGGUGAGGGAGAAGCAGAAGCAUAAGCUGAGGCAGGUCGAGAGGGAGAAGGAGAGGGAGCGGGAGAGGGCUAAGAAGGCGAAGGCGGCGGCGGCGGCGGCGGCUAAGGAGGUGGAGGAAGAGAAGAAGGUGCAGGGGGUGGAGAUGAAGGAUGCGGAGGAAGAGAAGGAGGAGAAGAGUGGAGCGAUAGUGCCAAACAAAGGCAAUGGCCUUGAUCUUGAGAAUUAUUCCUGGACUCAGACUCUGCAGGAGGUUACUGUCCAUGUUCCAGUUCCUAAGGGUACUAAAGGAAGGUUUGUGGUAUGCGACAUAAAGAAAAACCACUUGAAAGUUGGACUCAAGGGUCAACCUCCUGUCAUAGAAGUGAGUGUGCGUAAUUUGAGUUUAUUUAAUCAGCUUGCUUUAUUUACAUAACUCUCUUGACCAUGU